GUUGGUGGGACCAAGACCGGCGUGGUGCGCUACGUGGGAGAGACAGACUUUGCCAAAGGAGAGUGGUGUGGUGUGGAGCUGGAUGAGCCCCUGGGGAAGAACGAUGGGGCAGUGGCUGGUACAAGGUAUUUUCAGUGCCCUCCCAAGUUUGGCCUCUUUGCUCCCAUCCACAAGGUGAUCCGCAUUGGGUUCCCAUCAACCAGCCCCGCCAAGGCCAAGAAGAGCAAGAGAAUGGCCAUGGGGGUGUCUGCCUUGACCCACAGCCCCAGCAGCUCCUCCAUCAGCUCUGUCAGCUCGGUGGCAUCCUCUGUUGGGGGCAGGCCCAGCCGCAGCGGGCUGCUGACAGAGACCUCGUCUCGAUAUGCCCGAAAAAUCUCUGGCACCACAGCUCUCCAGGAGGCCCUGAAGGAGAAGCAGCAGCACAUUGAACAGCUGCUGGCAGAGCGUGACCUGGAGCGGGCUGAGGUGGCCAAAGCCACCAGCCACAUCUGUGAGGUGGAGAAGGAGAUUGCCAUCAUGAAGGCCCAGCACGAGCAGUAUGUGGCAGAGGCAGAAGGAAACCUCCAGCGGGCACGAGCCCUGGUGGACGUGAUGCAGAAGGAGAAGAUCGAGCUGCUGAACGAGCUGGAAGAGGAGAAGAGGAAAGUGGAGGACUUGCAGUUCCGUGUGGAGGAAGAAUCCAUCACAAAGGGGGACCUGGAGACUCAGACGCAGUUGGAGCAUGCCCGAAUACGGGAGCUCGAGCAGAGCCUGCUGUUUGAGAAGGCACAGGCUGAAAAACUCCUCAGAGAAUUAGAGGACACCAGGCUGACCACAGUAGCAGAGAAGUCCAGGAUCCUGCAGCUGGAGGAGGAGCUGAGCCUCAGGCGCAGCGAGGUGGACGAGCUCCGGCAGUGCCUGAGGAGCUCUCACCAAGCUGAGACCCCUGAGCACAACCUGGGCUUGCAGUCAGAGGCUCUUCGCCUACGAGAUCAGCUGCUGUCUGCCAACAAGGAGCAUCAGAAGGAGAGCAGCCAGCUCAAGGAGAAGUAUGAGAAGACAUUAAAGAAGUACCAGCAGGAGAUGGAGAAGCUGAAAUCUGUCAAUGAGAAGUACUCGCAGGAGAUCGUGGACCUAAAGCAUAAAGUUCAGCAAGCCACUAAUGAGAACAUGGGGCUCAUGGACAACUGGAAGUCCAAGUUGGACACGUUAGCUUCUGACCACCAAAAAUCUCUGGAGGACCUGAAAGCCACAUUGAACACAGGCCCUGACAGCCAGCACAGGGAGAUCGUGGAACUGAAGGCAGUGGUGGAGAGUAUAAAGAUGGAGCACCAGCUGGAGCUGGAGAACCUGAAAGCAAAGCAUGACAUUGAGACAGCUGUUCAUAUAAAGGAGAAGGAGAGCCUCAAACUGAAGUUGCAGGAGGCUGUGGAUGAAGUGGAAAAAAACAACAGUGACUGGAAAAUGCAACUGGAAACCAAAAGCAACCAGCACCUUCUUGAGCUCCAAGAUGUGAAGGACAAGUGUCGAGAUGCUGAGCUAAGGAUGCAUGAACUGGAGAAACUUCAUGAGGAAUAUAAAGAUCAGACCCAGGCAAUAGCUUUCUUGAAAGAGCAGAUUUCUUUGGCCGAGAAGAAGAUGUUGGACUAUGAAACACUACAGAAAACAGAAGCCCACAGCAAGCAGGAGAUCCACAGAUUGCAGGAAAAAGUGCUUGUCUUAGAGAACCAGCUGCAGUCCAUGGAGGCCCUGCAUCCUUCUCAGCAUGCAAAUAUGAUUGAAACGAAUGAUAUCUCAGAAGAAAAGAUAAAGAUGAGGCAGACUAUGGAAGACCUGCAAGACAAGCUGAGUAAGAGAGACAAAGAGGUGUCAUCUCUGGUGUCCCAGACUGAGGCUCUAAGGGCCCAAGUAAGUGCUUUGGAAAAUAAAUGCAAAACAGCAGAAAAGAAGGCUGAUUCAGUGUUAAAAGAAAAGAAGAGACUGGAAAUUGAACUGGAAGCCUUGACCAAGAAAACCCACGAUGCUUCAGGGCAACUGGUCCUGAUCAGCCAGGAGCUACUCAAGAAGGAAAGGAGCCUGAACGAGCUGAGGGUGCUGCUACUGGAGGCCAACCGGCACUCGCCCGGGCCGGAGCGGGACCUCAGCCGGGAGGUGCACAAAGCCGAGUGGAGGCUGAAGGAGCAGAAGCUCAAAGAUGACAUCAAAGGGCUGAGAGAGAAACUGGUCGUGCUG